CCCUAGGUCUCCAGCCCAGAGGGCACCUUCUGCAAAUAUGUCUGUGGAUCCCUUAUCCAGCAAAGCCCUGAAGAUCAAGCGCGAGCUGAGCGAGAACACGCCACACCUGUCGGACGAGGCGCUGAUGGGGCUGUCGGUGCGCGAGCUCAACAGGCACCUGCGCGGGCUCUCGGCCGAGGAGGUGACGCGGCUCAAGCAGCGGCGCCGCACGCUCAAGAACCGCGGCUAUGCCGCCAGCUGCCGCGUGAAGCGCGUGUGCCAGAAGGAGGAGCUGCAGAAGCAGAAGUCGGAGCUGGAGCGCGAGGUGGACAAGCUGGCGCGCGAGAACGCCGCCAUGCGCCUGGAGCUCGACGCGCUGCGCGGCAAGUGCGAGGCGCUGCAGGGCUUCGCGCGCUCCGUGGCCGCCGCCCGAGGGCCGGCCGCCCUCGUGGCUCCCGCCAGCGUGAUGACCGUUUGGGAAGCCAGCCCCGGCCCUUCCCCCAGCACUGUAUACAGCUGCCCCUCCCCACUGUUUAUUUAUUGCACAAAUCUAAGUUAUUCUCCCCAGCCAGAGCCCUAGCUCCCGCUCCCUGGGAAAAGUGGCCCUGAGCUGGACUUUAUAUUUUAUAUCUGCAAAUAAAUCACAUUUUAUCUUAUAUUUAGGGAAAGCCAGAUGGCAACAAAAAAAAUUUUUUUUUUAAAUUGCCAGGCCCCCCAAACUUAUUUAUUUUCUGACUUACAGUGAGCGAGUUAUCCGCCUUCUGUAUUUUGUAGACUUCUGAAUAAAGUCAAGUUCUCUUUUUCCACAGA